AUGUCGAUAAACAAAAUAAAGAUUAAGCAAGUGCCUACUAGUUUCCGUACAACCUUGGGAGUACCAGAACCAUGUACGUACCGCAUUCUGACUGUUGUAAUGAACAGAGUGAAACGGUCAAGGGCGAAGGGCCUGAAGAGGGGACCCUAUAACGUGGAGAAAAAACCUCGAAAAUCCAGGCGGAAGACUCCCUUGAAAACGGCCGUGGAACCGAUGCUCCUCGAAGAAGCCCUCCAGUGUAAAUAUUGCCCUGAAACCUACAAUAACAACGUGGAUUUCGCGCUGCAUUCGAUACUCCACAACGAGGACGAGCAAUACUCUUGCCACCUGUGCAACUUCACGCUGAAGUCAAAGUACAGGUUCGAAAAACACGUGCGGGCUCACGAAGGCACCAAUUUGUACAAGUGCGAGAUCUGCGACAAACCUUUUAAAAUAGGCACGCACGCCUUGGAGCACGUAUACUUCCACAACGGAGAGAAACCCUUCCAGUGCGAGAUCUGCGGAAAACACUUCAUGUACUCCAGACUGCUGAGCGCUCAUAGGAGGCUAUCCCACUACGAAAUACUCACGGGUAAACCCCUGGUGAAGUACGACUGCAAGAUCUGCAAGAAACACUACGAGUCUUACCCGGGUCUGCAGAGGCACAUGUACAGCAAACACAACGAAGCUGGGGUGGACAAGUCCGUGAUGUGCGACGUAUGUGGGAAGAAGAUCAAGAACAAGGACAAGCUCAAGUUCCACCUGAGGAUACACACGGGCGAUAAGCCGUUUUCGUGCGUGGUGUGCGGCAGGAGGUUCGCGAAAAAGGACCUCUUGCAGGCCCACAUGCCCGUGCACACCGGGGAAAAACCGUUCUCGUGUAAAGUCUGUGGGAAGACGUUCGCGCAUCGAGCGCCGCUGUGGUACCACAGGAAGACGCAUACGGGGGAGAGGCCCAACGUUUGCCCCAUCUGCGGUAAGGGUUUCAUCUCCAAGCCCGCCAUGUAUAACCACGUGAAGACUUGCUACAAGGUGAAAAGAACUAGACGGAAAACCGACGAAGAAACCGCAAAGAGACACCGCAAAUCCAGACGCAAAUCGGACAAGCCCAAAAGAGUGGUAGUGGAGCCACUCAAACUCGAAGUGCCUUUACGUUGCCAUUACUGUGGCGACGCCUAUUACAACAACAUCGAUUACGCCCUCCACUCCAAGGAGCACCACCCCGAAAACAAAUAUUCCUGUCACCUCUGCGACUACACCAACACGUCGAAGUACCGCACCGAGGCCCACGUCAGGGCCCACGAAGGAUCCACCAAGUACCGUUGCGAGAUCUGCAACAAGCCCUUCAACAUCAGCACCCACGCCAAGGAGCACAAGUACUUCCACACCGGCGAGAAACCCUUCCAGUGUCAAAUCUGCGGGAAACACUUCAUGUUCUCGCGGAUACUGACCAAACACCGACGCACUUCCCACUACGAGAUCAUGUUCGGCAAACCCCUGGCCAAGUACGACUGUAAGGUGUGCGGCAAGCAUUACGAGUCUCUGCCCGGUCUCCAGAGGCACAUGUACAGCAACCACAACGACACCGGAGAGGAUUGGUCGGUCAUCUGCGACAUCUGCGGGAAGAAGAUCGCCACGAAGGAGAAGCUAAAGUACCACCUGCGCACGCACACGGGAGACAAGCCCUUUCCUUGUCCUCUGUGCCCGAAGAGGUUCCCCAAAAAGGAUCAGCUAAAGGAGCACGAGAGGGUGCACACCGGGGAAAAGCCCUUCAUGUGCAUGUACUGCGGGAAGAAUUUUGGGCAUAGGGCGCCUUACAGGUACCACAUUAAAACCCAUACGGGGGAGAGACCGUACACUUGUCCCAUCUGCGGCAAGGGGUUUAUUUCCAAGUCCGCGAAGGAAGGCCACGCAAACAGUUGCUUCAAGAAAUGGCUGAAACCCGCCAGAAGCCCGAAAAAAGUGAAAGAGGAAGACGAAUCGGAGACCGAGUGGAUACCAAAAGACGAAAAGCUUAAAAGAGAGAGACUGAAGAAGGAGAAACUGAAAAAACAGAAAGGGACCAAGGUAAAAAAGCAGAAGUUAAAAAAGUCGAAGAAAGAAGGCAAACCAAAGUCGACCAAGGAGAAGAAAUUACCAAAAAACAAGAGCCCGAAACGUCGACGAACCACGGAGGAACACCCUCCCCCCAUGGAGCUAGAGGAACCCAUAGAGUGCGAAGUCUGUAGCGAGACUUACAGAAACAACGUCGCUUUUGCCCUGCAUUCCAUAAGCCACAGCGACGACGGGAAGUACCACUGCCACCUGUGCACCUACAAGAACGCCUCCAAGUACCACCUGGAGAUGCACGUAAGAGCCCACGAGGGCGCUACCAAAUACAAAUGCGAGAUCUGCAACAAGGCCUUCACCGUGAGCACCCACGCCAUAGAGCACAAGUACUUCCACACGGGAGAAAAACCUUUCCAGUGCGAGAUAUGCGGCAAACACUUCAUGUUCUCCUGGUUCUUGGCGUCCCACCGCAGGACCUCGCACUACGAGAUCCUCACCGGCAGCCCCCUGGUAAAGUUCGACUGCACCAUCUGCAAAAAGCACUACGCCUCCGCCUCCGGCCUCAGAAGGCACAACUUGAAGAACCACAACGAGGCUGGAAUAGAUACGUCGGUACUGUGCGACAUAUGCGGGAAGAGACUAUCGAGCAGGGAAAAACUGAAGUUCCACCACAGGACCCACACGGGGUACAAGCCCUACGGAUGCCAGAUCUGCCCCAAGAGCUUCUCGAAGAAGGAGCAGCUGAUCGAGCACGUGAGGGUGCACACGGGGGAGAAGCCGUACGUGUGCAAGUACUGCGGCAAGGCUUUCACGCAGAGGACGCCGCUGAGGAUCCACGAGAGGACUCACACGGGGGAGAGGCCCAAUAUCUGCCCCAUUUGCGGCAAGGGCUUCGUCUCGAAGACGGCCGUGGAGAGCCACAUCAAGAGCUGCUACAAUAACCCCCAGGUGAUGAUCCAGGGACCUAUUCAAUACCCCUUUUACCCCGCCACUGCCACGCCUAUGACGCCAGUCGACCAAGGCGAGAUAGAACACAAGUUUUCUAUCAGUAACGCGUUUGUCGAGCACAGGCCGUGAGCAAUAGCUCCAUUUGUUGAAAUAAUAACGAAAUUGAUAACCUGUGCAGCAGCUGAAUUUGUUCUUUCCUUUUUUAAUACCUUAAAAUACAAGUACAUAUAUCAUUCAGCAUCACACACAGGCACACACACAUUUAAAUGAUUUAUUUUGUACCGGAAUGUAUUUCUUAUUUUCUUAGCAUUUUUGUAUUUUUGGCAAGACAUAAGGCAUAUAAUAUAAUAUCAUAUCCCAUAGAACAGGCUAAAAUUUAAUUCAAAAUUUAAUUGGGAAUUUGAUCAGCUAAUUGAUUGGAUUUAAAAAUUAUUGGUUGAUUUUUAAAUUCAAGCAAUCAGCUGCUCUGAUAUCAAAUUAAAUUCUUAAGAUGGCCUAGGAAAACAACUUAUCCAGAAAUUGUCGGGAUCUGCUACUGUCAAAAACAUGUCAGUUUAGCUUUAAACAUAAAAAAAAACACCGCCUUAUACGAUAUAUUGCCGUUGGUUUUUAGAUUUCAUUGCUUAUUACGAAAAAAUUGAAGUAAUAUAUUUUUGUUUGAUCGAUCAAGUUUACCAUUCCAUUUCAGUUGACUGGACGUGGACAGCCAGUAUAAAACUAUAGGGCAAUUAUGAAUACAUAAUGUUAUUUGUUAUACAAUAUAAUAAGGGUUAGGAAUAGUUUUAUAAAUAUUUUAUUUCGUCACAUCACAACUAAUAUUUAACAUAACAAAACAAUAAGUAGGUAAGGUCAUUGUUUUUAUUUGCAUUUUUGAAAUUUCCAUAUUUAUUCAAACUGAUUCAACUUUUUGCACAUUAUGUAGAUAUAAACGCUAUAGAAAGGAAGUUCAUUGAUUAUGGUUUCAGUAAAAAAUAAAUAAAUGGAUUUAUGCGACAAUUAAUAAUUUAUAAAGCAAUAACUAAAUUAGUACAUGUUUCAAAUAUAGGUCUAUAUUUCGCAGUUAUUUUUUCCUACUCCAAAUAUAAUGUAUUUUCCUAAUCACAUCAAGAAAACUGUUUUUAUUAAACAUUCUAAGAUUAUUAAUAUUAUUAUUUCAUUUUGUCGAAUUUAAAGUUUUUCAUCCCAGAACCCUUUAAUUAAUGCAAAGACCAAUUUUUUUGUUUGAUGAAUUUUACAAUGAUGCAAUACAAUAAUGUGUCAUGCAUUAAGUAUGUUAAUAUUUUUAUAAAUUGUAUUUAAGGAUCACGUUUAUUUUUGUGGUUUAGAGUUAUUAUUAUGUAAUAGGUAUGUAUAUUUUAUAAAAGUUUUAAAAUGCACUAGCAUAUGGUUCAAUGAUUUAUAAAAAAUUGUUUAAAUCAAUAAAAGGUUGUACUUACGGUUGCAUUUCUCAUUUCUGCGCUCCCCAAAAUUAAGUUUGUAUUUAAAAUUGCA